AUGAUUAAUGAACGUUUUAAUCAACAAGCUAUACGGGAGCAUAAUCGACUUCGUUCUUUACAUGGAUGUGGAGAACUUCAAUUAGAUGAAGAAUUAAUGAUUUCAGCACAAAAAUGGGCUGAAAAUUUAGCUGACGCUGAAAAACUAUAUCAUAGUAAUUAUAAUGAUUAUGGAGAAAAUUUGGCUUUUAAAAUGUCUGUGGCACCAUGUCAAAUAACAGGUGAAGAAGUUUCACAGACCUGGUAUAGUGAGAUUGACUAUCAUGACUUUAAUCAAUGUUAUCAUCCAAAUUCACGUCAUUUUACUCAGAUGAUUUGGAAAUCCACAACACAUGCUGGAUUUGGAUUAGCCUUAAGUCAAGAUCAAACAAAAGCAUAUGUUGUUGGACGUUAUUUACCUGUAGGUAAUAGAGGGGAUUUCGGAUGGAAUGUACCACAUUAUCAAGGAGUUAAGAGAUCUGGUGACAAUGAAAGCCGGUACACUGCAGAUGGAGGAAGUGCAAAACUGAAUGAUACUGGAUCAGCAAAUAACGACACAUCAAGAGGCAAUAUGUAUUCAUUGGAUCGUAAUUCAACUAGAUCAAGUCAUAGACGAUCUUUUAGAGAAAGUCUAGGAUUAUCAGAAAGAUGCAAAUGUUACUGGGAUCAUACACCAUAUUUACCUGAAGGACACUCUAUAAUAAACGAAGAUGAACGUUCUAGAACUGGUUCAAUACGUAGUGGAGACUUUCAACGUUCCAGACCGACUUCAUUUUCAAAUAAUGAUGAUAUACAUUUUAAAUCUGUAUAUACAAGAAGUUCUGAAGAUUUACGACCUAAAACUAUAAAUGUCACUACUACUAGUUUACCGAAUACAGAUGAUGCACACAAUUCAUUAUGUAGUCCAACAGUGAUCAAUUUAAACUUUAUGAAUUCAGAUGAACGUCCAAUUACGAAUGCGAAACCAUCAGAUGACUUUUCGGGUUCUAAUCGUGUGUCUAUCAGAACAUCAAUGAGAAGACCAACAAGAAGUUCAACACCAGUGUGUAAUGGACACUCAUAUGAAAGAGAGAGCAGUAUUUCUUCAAGUGGAAGAGCAAACUAUCUAAGCACUGUAAAUACUAGAGGUUCGAAUGACAACCAUUCACAAGACGAACAACAUGGAAGAGCUAGUUAUAUAAAAAAUGAUCAAUAUGGAAGAUCUAGUUAUAUGAAAGACGAACAACAUGGAAAUGAAAAUGAUGACUGUAACAGUACAUUAAGAAGCUCAAGCGCUUCGGGCAAAGGGAUUCAAUAUUGUUCAUACUGUAAACAACGUGGACAUAAUAUUGUUAUUGAAAGAGAUUAUAGAAGGUAAGUUGUAGAUAUAAUACUCAUCAACUAUAGUCACUAAAAUAUUAGUCUUUCAGUUUUACUUAUAGUUAAUAUUAGAUGUUUAACACUUAAUUAUAGAAAUCAAUUACUUUUAACCAGCCUAUUUACAUUUAUUUUCAUUAUUAUGUCAAAAUGUAUACAAUUGUACUAUCAAAUAACGGGGUUGAUAUUAGGUGUGUAUGUAGAUUAUUUAUUUUUCACUGUUCAUGUAAAUUCAUUUUGAUCAAGAAUAACCUGAUAUUGACAAAUUCAGAUUUAUUAUGAUUGAUUAUACCAAAAAUAUUCUUCAUUGUUCCCUUUGUACUAUUUAAACUUAUAUUCAUUUGAUUCGGCCAUUUAUUUACUUUGAAGAAGCAGCUUAUAUUAAGUUACGAAACGUCAGAAAUAUAAAUUUUCUAUAACAGAAAACAAUAUAUAUGUAUUAUUUUACCAUGAUAGAAAUACUUUUACAUAAACUGUAUUUGUGAAUACAAUAUAUGAGGUGUUUUCGUUCUGUUCUACCCUAUAAACUAAUGCAUUAAGUAUGAAGUUUAUAUGAAUCGAUUCAUUAUUGAAACAGUAGUAGCUUCAUCAAAUGUAACUGCAUUCGUUUGUUUGUUUUUCUAAUGUUAUUACAUUUCAUAGUUUCAUUUUUGUUUUUUUUUUACUAAAAGUUCAAUUCUUAAUUUAUUUCAGAAGUGUAGGCUUUGGAAAUAUGUUAUCAAUAAUUUAACUUUAAUUUCAAGAUGAGGUUAUAUAGACCAUGGUGUAUAUUUUUAAAAGAACAGUAUUGUCUUUAAUGAUUUUGAAAGACUUAUAUGAGAGAGAAUAAUUGUAGUUCAGUGAGAAUUCUCUGAGAAUUAUAGUUUGUUAGGCAAAUAAUCAAGAAAUCAGUUCAUAAACUCUAAUCUUUAAUGUAGAUGAAGUAUUGAGAUAAAGAUGAAGUCAUAAGAAGAGAAUUCAUAAUGGGAAUAGACGAAAUGUUGGAAAGUAACAGAUGGAUACGAUCAAGAACAAGGCUAACUCAAAUGCUGUUACAUAUGUGUGAUUGGUUGUUGUAUUCUGAUUACUAUUGCUGUGACAAAAUACUACUCUUUAGAGUGCCUGAAACUGAAAUCGGAACAGCAGUGAUCUUGAAAGCUCGAAAGCAUAGCUACAAUGACCUAGAAACGACUGCUUGAGGUCGACUAUACACGGCAUUUUCUCAGGUAGUUUCUAAUCUGUUCACCCAAUACUUUUAAGGUGUUGUUGUAGUGAACGAGAACAGAAGUGAGGAUAAUCAAAUGUAUUUGAACACAAAAUUACAAAACGUCUUAGUAAAAAUCUGAGAACCAUACAGUAAAUACUUAAUUGUCUCAAAACGUACUGUUCCUUUUGCGAAGAUGAAUCAAUCGUCUCACAUUUCAUUGUUCCUGCAUUUUCAUACUAAUUGCUUUAUGUUCCCGUUCUUUCCUUCACGACCUUCUACUGCCAGAAAUUCUAAUCCUGACUAUCGUUAUAUACUACUCACAUCGAUAUUAGUAGCACACACCACAUUAUCUCUGGAAGAAAGUAUUCCAUCAGAGGGAAGAAAAGAUAAGGUGUACUACUUUUCAGUCCAACUUUUUCUAAACCCUCCCUUUCAUCUUGAUAAAACAAGAUUACUAUGGAAAUUCUUAAAUUACACACUGAUUGUUUUUCAACUAUAUUAUUUAGAAAAACUAAAGAAACUUUACAAUAUAAUCAGUUAAUUCGAAAGAUAGGGUCUACUAGAGUGAUUGUUACCUGGGUGAUUGUGCCACAGGAUUAAGCUGUACUAUUCAGAUUAUAGAGUUAAAGUCUACACGGUGUCUGGUUCUCCUGUUAAACGGGAUUGAGUUGUACUGUUUGUAUUGUCACAUGAAAGUCUGGAUGGUGUCUAGAUCUCCUGAAAACCAAUGUAAAAUUACUCUACCCCAUGAGGGCACAUUAUCUAACUAUAUAUAUACAUAUAU